AUGUCUAACAUGUCCUUCUUAACUGCCUCAAAAAUAAUGAUAAAAAGAUUUUUCUGGCCCGUUAACAAAGACAUAUACCUUGGGAGGGUUUACAAAAUGGUAUGUUGUAUAAGUAUUAACGUGCACCUUCAAGAUACAACUUUCACUGGUCUUUAUCUCGGUCCUCUUUUUUUGAUUAUACACCGACUCUUAUUCUCUACAGACAGACAAAUUAUAUUUUAUAGACAAUGUCAUUGUAUUUUGUGUUUGUCAACUCUUCUGUUUUCUGAACUGUCUGACAUCCAUCUGUUCUCGUGUUUAACUUUAUUUAAACAAACAGGCCAAGAAGGCGUGCCGCAGCAAGCAAUGGAAUACAGUAGGGGUCGAUUGCACCAGGCGUGGACCAAUGGAUGUUCGAAAGGAAUAACAUAG